UUUAAAGUUUGGUAUGUUGGUCAUGCGGUGCGAACGUCAACCCCCAUUAUUCUUUGAUUAUAAAUAAAAAACAUAACCUCCAAAGACUUCUCUUGUUUUCACUUUUGCAGUGGGCUGAAAUGGCAAAGCGAAGAUAAUGGCUACGGACAACACACUCGACUACGACGAUAUCAUAUCGCAGAAUAUUCUGAUCAGGAAGGAUCAGGAUGCUACCGAUGAGCAGGUGAAUUACACUGUUGAGGUGGUGAAGAAGCAGAACGAAGACUACGAGAACAUGUACAACAUUCAGGCAGCCCUCUAUCAAAUGGAUGAUAAGAACCAGAAUGCUGAGUCCGAGGAGGAGGAGGAUGAUGAUGAUGAUGGAUCCGGGGGAGAGCAAGAAGAUUUAUCGGAUUAUGACUAUGAGGUUGAGACUGAGCAGCAGCAGCAGGAUCAGAGUCGACAGGAUUCGUCGCCGUUAUCAGAGAGCGGCUCGGAGAGUGAAUGGGUGCCGAACGAGAGCAAAAACAAAGGUGGAAAGAAGAUGUACAAAUGCUUGAUAUGCUCGAAGGAAUGUCCAACUAAGAAGGGCCUCACCUUGCACACCAUCAGGAAGCACAAGAGUAAACCGACGGAAGAGGAAACCAAUAAAUAAAUGUUUUAUAUAUAAUGGAAGAUGCAUGGACUCCCAAUCGUAAAGAAAACAAGCUUCAACUGUGUGAUAGCUCCAAGAAACUGCACUUCAUAUAGAUUUAGUCACAAAAAAAAAGAUGCUUUUAUUU